AUGUCGCUGCAACUUCCCCGCAUCCUCAUCGUGGAUCACUUCGACUCGUACACUCUCAAUCUCCUCUCCUUGCUACACCCAGUCGACUCACCACCAUGUCAAGCCUCGUCAAGCAAUCGAGACGAACUCACACGAAGAAUCGCGGAUCGUGUCAUCGUUCUGCCGCACACGCAUCCUCUGCUAGCUCCCGACGCAUUCCACGAGCUUGUUCGUCCACAUAUAGAUGCCAUCAUUCUUUCGCCCGGCCCCGGGAGUCCUGACAAGGCCGCAGACUUUGGCGCGGCAGAGACGCUGCUGAAAGAUGCAUCCCUCAACCUUCCGGUCUUUGGUGUGUGCCUUGGUCACCAGGGGCUCGCAGUCGCCUUCGGCGGUCAGGUCACGCGUGCUGCAAGUGUAAGGCAUGGCCUUCAGAGCAAGCUCAAGAUCUCUGACACUCCUGAAGCAGAGGCAGGGACAUCUUCUGAGAUCUCUUCUGUUCUCCGAGGCGUACCCCAAGACGCCCUCGUUGUCCGCUACAACAGCUUGGUCGUCGAUCCAACCACUCUGCCCGACUGUCUUCAGGUCACAGCCUGGAGCUAUGAUCACGUCUCAACAGCUCCGCCACCAAGGCCCGGCAACACCAGAAAGCACUCGACAUUACCGACACUCCCGCCACCCACCCCUUCGGAACACUUCGCGCCACUCAGGCAUCGCGAACUUGGCCCUCUUAGCCGUUCGCCUUCCACUCUUCCCUUCACUUCUCGCAAUGGAUCUGAGCGGCUUUCUGAGCCUGGCGAUAUGCCCCUCUCCGAAGCCACCAGCGUCGACGAUAUUGCCGAGGGCGAAUCCAUACAAAUCCAAGGACACAUAGGCGCUCCAGCUAUCAUGGCAUUGCAGCAUAAGUCAUUGCCAUUCCACGGCGUACAAUUCCAUCCCGAAAGCAUCGAGUCCAACUGGGGUCACACGAUCAUGGCCAACUUUCUCGAUAUCGCUCGUCGGUUCUGGAAGCAACAGAUCUCGCAUGAGGAUGCACAGAUGGCAGCGGAUGCUCGAAACAGGAUCAGAUCAUGGGACAACGCCUGUCUCCGUCUUCCAGCGCAUCUGACGCUUGCUGGCGAGCGUUGCCUUGCCAGUGAUGGGCACAUGCAAGUAGACGCACCCGUUGACAGUUCCGCCGUUUCUGGACCCAAGUUCGCAUUACUGGCAAAGCGAUCCCAAGUCCUUGCAUCGGACAGCUUGGUCGACAUGACCCGUAUCUUCGACAAGCUUUUCCGCCGCUGCAGCCCUGCGGGAGCGAUCUGGCUCGACAGCGCUCGCCCCAAGGAUCCACACAGCAGAUACUCUUUCAUGGCGCUUCCUUCGUUCGUUCUUUCGUACAAGGACGGAAGCGGCCGCAUCGUCGUGUCUGCGGACGACAGUCUGACCUCUGAAGUCUCGUUGGCUGGUACGAAGCAGCUCACGUUGUGGUCUUUCAUGAACGCUUUGCAGGCUGAGCUCCUCUCGACCAUCGACUCGCAGGCUGCCUCGCCCAUCCUCGACGACGACCAGCAAGGUAACGUGUUUCGCACCGGCUUCACGGGCUACUGGGGCUAUGAGAUGAAAAACGAGAGCCUCAACCUGGAGACGCGCGCGCCGGUCGGUAACCACGGAAAUGCCUUCGACGCCGAGUUUUCGUAUUGUCCGAGGGUGCUCGCCUUCGAUCAUCUCUUGCGGCAGUGGAUUGCAUUUGCCCUCGUCGACCGCUCGCUUCCGGCUGCUUGCUGGUUCGGCUGUCUCGGGCAGGUCAAUGGCGCUCUUCAAGACUUGCAGGCAAAGGGCAAACACUGGUCGCGAUGGGCUUUGAACGAGACAGACGGCGAGGCGUGGGUGCAUGACACGCUCGCCAAAGUGUUAGAUCUCUGCAGGGAGGAGCCGCAUCCCACGCGUGCAGACGCAGCGCAGAGUGCCGCAGCGUUCCGCGCUGCUAUGCCGAUUCUCAAGCCUCGCAUGCAAGCGGAAGACUACAUGGACCAGAUCGAAUCAGCUAGGGAGCUCAUCGCGGCAGGCGAGAGCUACGAGCUUUGCAUGACCAACCAAUUUGAGGGCCAGCUUCAGCCCCUCUCUUCUCUCCCCGACACUGCGGACACGGAUCACUUUGACCUCUACUGCAAGCUCAGAGCCCGCAAUCCCGCUCCAUACUCCGCCUACAUCAGACUGCCCACCUUGGCGACUAGUCACGAAGGACUGCAAUCGCGACAGCGCGGUAGGGCGAUCCUCAGCACCAGCCCGGAACGAUUCAUGCGCAUCACUGCAGACGGCCACGUCGAAAUGAAGCCCAUCAAGGGCACGUUGGCCCGAGCAGGUUUCGGGUCUGGUGAACAAAGCAUGCGCGCAGGCGGCGGCUGCACACCCGAGGAGGAGCUCGUCAAGCAAAGAUGGCGUUUCGCGGAAGACGUGUCGCGUCGGGACACACUCUCUGCGGACAUCAAGGAGCGCGCAGAGAACCUGAUGAUCGUCGACCUUAUCCGCGCGGACCUCUUUUCGUUCUGCAACUCGGACAGCAUCGCCGUGCCCAAGCUGAUGCAGGUCGAGUCGUAUGAGACGGUACAUCAGCUGGUCACCACCGUUACGGGUCAGCUCAAGUCAUCCGUCGGAACAACCGAGGCCAUUCGUCGUUGCUUCCCACCAGGAAGCAUGACGGGCGCUCCGAAACGACGCAGCGUCCAGCUGCUGGAGCGGCUCGAGCUCAAUCUCGUCGAUGCACAGAGGGAUGACGAGCUGCGAGCCAGAAGAGGCAUCUAUUCUGGCGCUCUCGGCUGGCUCGGCUUUGACGGAGCCGCCGACUUUUCCGUCGUCAUCCGUACGCUCAUCGCCGAGGGGGACAACGUCUCGAUCGGCGCCGGUGGAGCCAUCACUUACCUUUCUGAUGCCAGCAAGGAGUGGCAAGAGGUGCUGGAUAAAGUCACCGCCCUCGCCAACAUCGAAGCAUGA